GCAAGCAACAACUAUGCUUCUCCUGCAAUCUCAUGUUUGUCCACAACACCGAAAACACCCAAAACCCUAAACCACAGUGAAAAUCCCUCCGGCCUCUGCUUUCUUUCUCGAUUGCGAGAUUUAUCUGCCGCCGGCGACGAUAAAGAUGGCUGCUUUCAGUGGAUCCCGAUUCAAGGAAUUUGUGAAGAAGUACGGGAAAGUGGCACUAGGGGUGCAUUUUUCGGUCUCUGCAGCUUCCAUCACUGGCCUCUACGUCGCCAUCAAGAACAACGUCGACGUCGAAUCACUUUUCGACAAAUUGCACCUUCCUGGCUUCACAAAGGAAAAAAACCCACCUGUGGAAUCCCGACAAGAUGGGACCUUGUUGGAAGGAGAGGUAGGAAUUCCUGAUGCUGAGAUGUCGACGACGGUGGUGAUGGAGGAGAAGAGGAAGAACAGGACUGCUGAGCUUGCAGCGUCAACUGGUGGUGCCCUGGCAUUGGCUGUACUCUGCAACAAGGCGCUUUUUCCUGUUCGGGUUCCCAUAACCAUAGCACUUACACCUCCAGUGGCUAGGUUCCUGGCUAGGAGGAACAUUAUCAAGAACCGUGUAUGAUGCUUUUUUUUUUUUUUUUUUAUCUUCAAAGGUUAGCAAUUUUCUCUGUUGCCAUACAUGACAUCUUCUGUGAAUGGAUUUUGGGUUGAUUGUGGAAAGAGAGAGCUGGUCCCCUUUUCAUCUGCAUUGUGUUUUAUAUUGGAUUUAAACUUGAAAUAAGAAAUGGAUCUUCUAAAACAGUUAUGAAUAUUCCUGUUGUUUUAAUGGUUUGGGAAAGGAGAAGAUGGUGAUAUGACAAGCUGUUCUUUUUGGAAGAGAUGGAUCACUUGUAAGGUCUAACCUUUUUGUACUUGUGAAGAAGACUAAGCUGCGUACUUCAAGUGGUUUAAAUUUCUUACCUUCUACUAAUAAAAAAACUAGAGCAAGUCUUACAUGCUUGUGUCAUCUUGAGUUCUUUCGAUGUUAACGGUGGCCUCCAUUGAGAUUUUAUCACUAUCAGAAACUCUUGCUUUUUGUCUGUUGGUACACACAGAAGGUUUAGGGGUUGCAUACUUGAUAGGUAAAGGUAGAUUCUCACCUCUUUACAACUUAAAGGCAUUUGUUGAUGUUAUGUCUCUAUCGUUGGGUAGGAGAUGUCUUUAUUUUCAGAAAGCUCUUAGCUACCAAUACAGGGUGUAUCGAUAA